AUGAAAGAUUAUGAUGUUCCGAAGCUAUUUACGAAGGACAUAAUUAAAUCCGAAAAUAUUAUAGCUAACGCCAGCCAACCUUAUCAGGACGUGAAAAAAACAAUCGAACGCAAUAAAAAGUUAGCAUCAACAUCUGAAACUGAUUUAAAAAAACGUGCCAAAGUUACAAAACCUACUAUAUCAUCUGUAGGUAAAAAAAAUCCUGAAUUGAAAAAAUCUUUAUCCAAUCCCGAUGAUGCUAAAAAACCAUUAUUCAGACCCGCUGGCACUCAGAAACACGUAACAGAACAUGACGUAACUCAAUUAUCAGAACACGCUAAAACUCAUUUAAAUAUCGAGUCCGAAAACGCUACGAAGAAUCGAACUUCCCAAGUUAAAUCUUUAGUUGGAAUUGACGUUUCAACAACUUCAAUUAAGAUUUCGUCAUCGACAUCCACUGAUAAUAAGGAAGAAAUUUCCACAGAAUCACCCACGAAAAGCAGGCAUUCAACUCCUCCCGUAAAUAAUAAAAAUAAACGACGUAAUUCUACAAGUUUCGGUUCACCUAAAGAAUAUCCGUCCAACGAUUCUACAAUUGUAUCUCCACGAUCUGCGACUUAUAAACGUACAACAUUUGAACACACAAGGCAACGUUCAUACACAAUACCUAGUAGUGCAGCACCAAGUCUGACUUCCAUUUCUGAAAUUCCAAAAGGGCAUGAUUUUGUCACACCUUUCACAUCAGAACUUACCAGACAACAAGUGCCUACUACUCCGAUUGGUGUUACCAGAAGAAUUUCAAAUGCUUCUUCUGUAACCUCUGAAGACAGCUUAUUUCCACUUUCACCUACUUUUUCGUCUGCAACUUCUGAAGGAAGUUAUUAUCGCAUAUCUAGAUCUUCUUCCAUGGCCUCUGAAAAUGGUUAUAAAUUUAAUCCUUAUUAUGACGAACUAAAUGAUGAAAUAGAUAAUUAUAUACAAAAUGACCAAAAUGACUAUUUGGCUGAUGAUUCUACUGAUGAAUUCGAUUAUGAUAAUAAGUUAAUGGCCUUAUCUGACAGUGAUUCUGAUUUAGAUGAUUUCUUUUUCGGUUCUGAGAUUACUUCAAGUGAUCUUUACAAGAAAUUCAAAGAAUCUAAAAAAUCUCGACAAAAUUCUACUUCAGAUGUGAAAAAGUCGAAAUCUUUGAAAUCUUUUGUCGGUUCAACCAAGGAAUCCUCAUUAAACAAUGUGGAUAAUCAUAAUAUGAAUUUUGACGUUACUUCUGAAUAUAAUAAAACGCAUGAUGAUUGUGAGAUGAUUUCGGUUUUGCAGGAAUUUAUCACUCCUGAACAUGAACAAUAUGAUUCAAAGAAUUAUUUUUCCAUUUCUAAAUUUAAUGAAGAUUUAGAAAAUACCAUUUCUAAUGUCAAAUCAGAUAAAAUAUCCUCGGAUAAUAUUUAUAAUAUUGAUGAAAUAAUGCGUUUUGCUUUGAAUGAUGAAAGUAAGAUUGUGAAUGAUUCUUCAUUCCGAAAACCUAGAAAGAGUUUUGGGUCACGAGAAGAUUUUGAUAAACGAAUCGAAGAAAUUUUGGAUGAAAUUCUUUUUGACAAUGAUGACAAACCUCCAAACUCUUCUGCCAAUAUUGAAGAACCUACAAGGAGUGUUGUGCAAAAUGAGUCAGAUAAAUCUUCUGCUUUGGAAGAAAGUAAUGAACCCUCGAAUUUAAAUGAUGACGGCGAUUGUAGCGAUAUUGAUGAAGAGAUUGAAAAAUUGAUGAAAGAAAUUGAACAAGAUGAAUUAGAACUUAAAAUGUUGGGAAAUUCAGAAGAUAGCACAUCACCUGUAGAAAAAAUUGAGCGGGGCACUACGUCUCUGGAAGAUGAUAGCAUAAAAAAUUUUGAUCAUAAAAGUUCCUCUGAGGAUCGUUGUACCAUAGAUAAUCCUUCUGCUUUAGAAGUCGCUACGCAUGAUGGAAUCCAAAACAAUAAUGUAUCACUAAUAGCUACCGAUGAUCAUAUUAUACAAGAUGAUACAUUAGAUAUAAAGGCAGAACAGUCUAUGGUACAAGAUAAAAUUGUGUUGACACCGGAUGAGAGUGUGUUGACACAGGACGAGAAUGCGCUUACACCAGAUGAGAGUGCCUUGACACAGGAUGAGAGUGCGUUUACACAAUAUGAGAUUAUGUUGAUGCAGUAUGAGAAUGCAUUGGCACAAUAUGAGAGUGCGAUGACACAGGAUGAGAGUGCAUUGACACAAUAUGAGAGUAUGUUGGCACAAUAUGAGAGUGCGUUGACACAAUAUGAGAAUGAGUUGACGCAGGAUGAGAGUUCGUUGGCGCAAGAUGAGAGUUCGUUGGCGCAGAAUGAGUGUGUGUUGACACUGGAUGGUAGUGCAUUGACACAAGAUGAUAGUGCGUUGACACUGGGUGAUAGCGCGUUGACACUGGAUGAGAAUGCAUUGACACAGGAUGAAAGUGCAUUGACACAGGAUGAGGGUACGUCACAGAUGGUAAAAGAAAACAUGACAGUUGAUGAGGAAAUACUAAUUGAGACUGUAUUGGACAAUAACGAUAAUGAUAUUCAGAACAAUUUUAAUAUUGAACAAUGUACUAUACAAGAAAUAGUUACACAAGAUAAAGAUUCAUUAUUUAUAGCGGAAGAAGAUAUAAACCAAGAACAGAUUCAAAAAGACCUAUCUGAUUUGGAUAUAAAAAAAUGUAUUACGCAAGAAGAUAGCAUUAUAAUACAUGAUGAUAAUGUGUUGCCGUCGGUAGAUGAUCAAAUAGGAGUGUUGGAAUAUGUCACGCAAAAUAACGAUAACUUAGAGACUGAACAGUCCACUAUACAUGACCAAAUUGAAUUAUCAAACAAAGAAUCCUUCGCAAAUCAAAUUGAAAUAAAAGAUGAACCUAGUGAAUGCGAAAAAAGUAGCGAUAUUUCGGAAACAUUAUCGAAGGAAGUAGGCCAGGAUGUAUUUAAGAAUGAAGAAACUUUACAAGUCAAGGAUGUUGAGGAUCCCGAAUUAAGUUCUGAACUUCAAUAUCCUGUAGAAUCGUCUGAAGAUAACACAACGCAAAAAGAUCAUACGGAUAUAAUUAGGACACUAGAUAUAAAAGUUGAUGCGUUCGAGGUUGUUGAAGAAAGCGUGAAUAUUGUAGAGCCGCACAAUAUUACUUUAGAAAAUAGAGAAUUUCGUGAUGAACAAUAUAAUUUGGAUUUACAAAAUAAUGUACAAAAUGUUCCA